AUGCACCCUUUCAAACCAACCCUCUUUACUCUCUUCUCCACCUUCAUCCUCGCCGCCGCCGGCAACAUCCAACUAGACUUCCCUUAUUUCACCACCACAAACAUCACCUUCACCGGCGAUUCCUCUCUCACGAACCGCGUCAUUUCACUAACAAAACCAACCUCACUCAGCACCGGUUCCAUCCUUUACAACAACCCAAUCCCUCUCUUUGACAAACAAACAAACACCACGUCUUCAUUCUCAACAACCUUCUCUUUCUCCAUCACUAACCCCAAUAAUCCCACUUCCUUCGGUGAUGGCAUCUGUUUCUUCCUCUCUCCCAACAAUCUCUCCUCCUCCUCCUCCUCCUCCUCUUUCUCUCCCUUUGGCCUUCCUAUGAAUUUCGUGGCAGUUGAAUUCGAUACUCGAUUCAAUCCUCGAUUCAACGACCCGAACGAAAAUCAUAUCGGUUUCAACAUUGAUACAUUGAACUCUCUUCGUACUGUUGACCCUAUUUUCAAUGGAAUUGAUCUCAAGAGUGGCAACACUAUCACUUCUUGGAUUGAUUACAAGACUGAUCAAAACUCUCUUUCUGUGUUCUUGAGCUAUUCUGGUAUUAAGCCUCUUGAACCUAUUCUCUUUGUAAAUGUUGAUCUUUCAGAGUAUUUUCGAGAUAACAAAGAUGUUUACGUUGGUUUUUCGGCUUCUGCUGAAAAAAGUACUGAACUUCAUCAAAUUGAAAGAUGGAGUUUUUACACUAUUGGGUUUGAACCUGCCAGACCCCGGUUGCAUAGUCACAAUGUUUCGGAUAAUUCUGUUAUCGGGAAUGAGAUGAACGGUAAAGGUCACAGAUCGCGUUCGUCUAAUUCCAAAAAGAGAUUUGGUUUUGGUUUUGCUGUUGCAGGUCCUGUUUUUUUCUGUGCUGUUUUUUCUUUGUUGGGGUAUUAUUCUUUUUUGAAAUGGAAGGAGGUGAAAAAAGAUUCGUCAAAGGAUUUUGAUCCCGGGUUUGUUGCUUGUCCUAGAGAGUUUGAUUACAAAGAAUUGAAAUCUGCUACAAGAGAGUUUCAUCCUAGUAGAAUCGUUGGCCACGGUUCGUUUGGUACUGUGUAUAAAGCGUUCUUCAUAUCUUCAGGAACCAUUGCUGCAGUGAAAAGAUCGAGGCAUUCUCACGAAGGGAAGACCGAGUUUUUGUCUGAAUUGUCCAUCAUUGCUGGCUUAAGGCACAAGAAUUUGGUUCAGUUGUUGGGUUGGUGCGUUGAGAAAGGUGAGCUGCUGCUUGUUUAUGAUUUCAUGCCUAAUGGAAGCUUAGACAAGAUGCUUUACAAAGAACCUGAAAGGGGGAAGCUGUUGAAUUGGUCUAAUAGGUUUAACAUUGUUGUUGGUUUAGCUUCUGUUUUGGUUUAUCUUCAUCAAGAAUGUGAGCAAAGAGUGAUUCAUAGAGACAUCAAAACCGGGAAUGUUUUGCUCGACGGGAAUUUCAAUGCUAGGUUGGGUGAUUUCGGAUUAGCUAAACUCAUGGAUCAUGAUAAGAGUCCUGUUUCAACUUUAACUGCUGGAACAAUGGGAUACCUUGCACCUGAAUAUCUUCAAUACGGUAAAGCUACUGAUAAAACCGACGUUUUCAGCUACGGCGUUGUUGUGCUUGAAGUUGCUUGUGGGAAAAGGCCUAUCGAAAAAGAGGGUCAAAAGAUGGUUAACUUGGUGGAUUGGGUUUGGGGAUUGUAUUCCGAAGGGAAGAUAAUCGAGGCCGUUGAUAAGAGGUUGAACGGUGAGUUUGAAGUAGAGGAAAUGAAGAAGCUUUUGAUGUUGGGGUUGAGUUGUGCUAAUCCUGAUAGUGCUGAGAGACCUACUAUGAGAAGAGUAUUGCAGAUUCUUAACAAUGAAUCUGUGCCAUUUGCUUUGCCAAAAGUGAAACCAACCUUAACUUUCUCAUCUGAUUUGCCAUUGACUAUUGAUGAGAUUGUUUCUGGUGAGGAUGGUGAUGAUUAUCAAGAGUUCAAUACUAGUCAAUCUAUGUGUGAGAUUAAAAUUGACUGA